UCUGUAAUGUACUACAGUACAGUCGUAGCGUAUCUAUAGUAAACACAUAAAAAGACGUCUUGCUACCUGCUUCAGAAAAGUGGUAAAAAUAACUCUAUAAUUUCGGAAAAUUUAAGUUGAUACUAUUAAUUUAUAAUUACUUUACAUAAAACCCACAUAAACACCCUCGAAAACUUGUACCAGCAAAAAAGAGCAAUAGAGAAAACAACAACAACAAUAUUUACGCUUAGCAGUAGAAGUAAACGAAAGCAACCCAAAUAAGAAUUGCGAUUAUAAAUUUUAGUCAUGGAUGAAGCAAAUAUACAAGACAAAGAGCGAUUCGCUAGUAGGGAAAAUCAUUGCGAAAUUGAACGACGACGUCGAAAUAAAAUGACUGCUUAUAUUACUGAGUUAUCAGAUAUGGUGCCAACUUGCAGUGCUUUAGCACGGAAGCCUGAUAAAUUGACAAUAUUACGUAUGGCGGUUGCUCAUAUGAAAGCCCUACGUGGCACUGGAAACACAAGCAGUGAUGGAACUUACAAACCUUCUUUUCUUACCGAUCAGGAAUUGAAACAUUUAAUAUUGGAAGCAGCAGAUGGAUUUCUUUUUGUGGUUUCGUGCGAUUCUGGACGUAUAAUAUAUGUUUCAGACUCAGUAACUCCAGUAUUAAAUUACACUCAAAGCGAUUGGUAUGGUACAAGCAUGUACGAUCACAUACAUCCAGAUGAUCGCGAAAAAAUUCGCGAACAAUUAUCUACGCAGGAAAAUCAAAACACAGGUCGUAUUUUAGAUUUGAAAACUGGAACUGUUAAAAAAGAAGGUCAUCAAUCAUCAAUGCGAUUAACGAUGGGAGCACGCCGUGGAUUUAUAUGCCGGAUGCGCGUUGGCAAUGUUAAUCCUGAAUCAAUGGUGGCCGGUCAAUUAAACCGUCUUAAGCAACGCAAUUCAUUAGGCCCUUCACGUGAUGGUACUAAUUAUGCUGUAGUACAUUGCACUGGUUAUAUAAAAAACUGGCCCCCAACUGAUAUGUUUCCAGGCGUCCAUAUGGAACGUCCUGUUGAUGAUGAUAUGCAUGCUUCACAUUGCUGUCUGGUAGCAAUUGGCCGUCUACAGGUUACAUCUACAGCUUCCACUGAUAUGUCAGGCUCUAACAAUCAGUCUGAAUUUAUAACACGUCAUGCAAUGGAUGGAAAAUUCACUUUUGUAGAUCAACGUGUACUCAAUAUUCUGGGUUACACACCAACUGACUUACUUGGGAAAAUUUGCUAUGAUUUUUUUCACCCUGAAGAUCAAAGUCACAUGAAGGAGAGUUUCGAUCAAGUACUUAAACAAAAAGGACAAAUGUUUUCCUUGAUGUAUCGCGCACGUGCCAAAAGUGGUGAAUUUAUUUGGUUACGCACACAAGCUUAUGCUUUUUUAAAUCCUUAUACCGACGAAGUGGAGUAUAUUGUUUGCACUAACAGUUCAGGUAAAACUAUGCAUUCCACUGGUCAUGAAACAAAUACUCCAGACCAGUCUGAGCAUGUUUAUGUAGCACCUGGUGUAGAUUAUACGUUGCAAACGAGACGUGAUGUUACACCAGCAGUUUCUGCUACUGAAGCAAAUAUGUUUAAUACACAUGGCAUGAUAGGUGCACAUAUACAAACACAAACAGCGAUGGCGACACAACAACAAUCAAAUAAUAUACAACGCCCAGCUUCAGCUCAAAACCCAGUUACAUAUAAUUAUGAUGCAACUCAUUCACCAUUAGGAUAUGGUACUAAUGCUGGUGGACCAUCUCCAAACACAUCGCAUUUAGCUAAAAUACCUAAAGCAAAUACAUCACCUACACCAGCAACACCUACUUGGACAUCUUUACGACAGCAACAACCCGUCACUGAAGGUUAUCAAUAUAAUCAAACGAGUCCAGCACGUUCGCCUAGUGGACCUACAUAUACACAACUUAGCGCUGGUAAUUCUGCCAGACAAACAAAUUAUCAUGGAACCACUCAACCACCUGCAAAUGCACCCGGAAUGUGGGAUUGGCAAAAUGCAGCACAGACACCGCAAGCUGGACUUGGUAACGCAAGUGGUCAUCCAUCACAUGGGCAUCCACAUACUACACACGUGCAUGGACAACCUCAGGGUCAAGAGUUUUCUGAAAUGUUACAAAUGCUUGAUCAAAGUGGCCCCGCUACUUUUGAGGAUUUAAACAUAAAUAUGUUUAAUGCCCCAUUCGAAUAAUUUUAUUGUGCAACAUUUUAUAAGUUAAGGGGAGCAAUAAUCAUAAAUUCAUUUCCCAAGAAAAUUUUUUUAUAAAUAUUUUUAUAUAUUAUUGGUAUCCACAUUUGAUACAUUUAAACAUUAAUCGUGCAAAAAUUAUAUUUUUGUUAAAAGUGUAUGUAUAUUCAAACACUUUAAUUGCCGAUAUUGGAAAACAAUUUAUUGUCACGUUCUGUUCUAAAAUUAUAUAAAAAUGUUUAUAUAUUAAGCAGUUUUGUGAUGUAAAUUGUUGAAACGAUAUAUAAAUGCACAAGGUUAAAAU